AUGAAAUCUUCCCUUACCCUCUGCAUUUCCUUGUGCACUCUGAUCACGCUCUGCACAUCAGAAGAGUCCAAUCUUCAGGACACCUGCCCGACCGCUCCCACUGCAAAACAGGGGAUCUUCAUCAAUGGGUACCCUUGCAAGAAUCCUGCAAACGUCUCUGCUUCGGAUUUCAAGUCCUCGAAGCUCGACCGCCCAGGCAACACGGACAACUUCCUUCGCUCCGCGCUGACCCUGGUCACGGCCUCGGACUUCCCUGGCCUGAACACACUUGGGUUAGCCGCAGCCAGGACCGACCUCGACGUGGACGGUCUGCAGAUCCCCCACUCCCACCCGAGGGCAUCGGAGAUUGUGUUCGUCAGCAAGGGCGUCGUGCUGGUAGGGUUCGUGGACACGCAGAACCAGCUGUUCCAGAAGACGCUCAAGGCCGGAGAUGUGUUUCUGUUCCCGCGGGCGCUGCUGCAUUUCUGCUUGAACGCUGGGUACGACAAGGCGGUGAUCUUCUCGGUUCUGAACAGUCAGAAUCCUGGCGUGGUCAGGAUUGCUGACGCCAUGUUUCUUCAGGCUGAGGGAGACGUGAUGGAGAAGCUUGUCAGCAGAAUUAAAUCAUCCGCCGCCGCUUUGGAGAUGAGUGGCGGCGUGAUUACCUAG